AUGCCGGUUUUAACUCCGUUGGCAGUUCAAAAUUCUACUAUUAUACCUGCUAGACUAUUUUCUGGAAGCGAAGUGAGUCAGAUAGAAAAAACUACGAAAAACGUCAUGAUUUCGGAGCAAAAAGGUGUUUGUGUUAGGAAUAGACACAGUUGUGAUAAACUGCCGAGAUGAUGAUGAAAACUGAUAGCAAGAUACAAACACUGAUAAUUGCCGACGGAAUGUGUUGUUUCAGGGUCAAUACCUGACUGUUCCAUCAACUUUCGAGGCUACGCGCGCAAAUACUGAUCUGCAGAGCGAAUUGCCGUGUAGCGGCCACAAGAACAUUCUCUGGUUAGGCUCACUGGGUUUGAAACAACAACACAGACUACUUGCAGCGUGAAACUGUGUGCCUGCGUGGCAAUGGUAUUUCUGUUCUGUAUGCUCAUCGUCUUUGUCUACUCAAUACUACUGUCCAAGUACAACAACGAGCAGAAAAUCAGCAAUGACAGUCUGCUCGCCGCGCUUGUCGAACCGAAAGAAUCUACUGUGUAA